UGAUAGCACCCUCAUGCUUAGAGAGGGAUAGGUGCGGGGCGGGUCGGAGCGACGACGCGUCAAGGACGUCCGUCGCCGCUCGUCAUGGGUGCCGCUCGCGGUGGCGUGAGUGCGUCGGCGCUCCGCCAAGGCGAGGACCAAUUGGGGGCCUGUGAGCAGGCCGCCUUCUGGAGUCACGUGAUACUCCUUAUGUUUGUACUGUCCUUUGUCGCGCCCGUAGCGGUCCAGUAGUGGCCCGUAAAGAGCCAUACAGUCUGAAUUUUAAUAUAAAUGGAAUUAUGGAAUGCCAAGCGGUGACGGUGCGACUGUCCAAAUACUGGACGUGGGCGCGUAACGUGAAAAUUACCUGCGUCCCUAGCGGGCGCGACGACCCAGGCCGCGCGCGCUGUGAAGACCGAACUCUAGUG